UGUUUGAUGGCCUGGGUAAAAUAAAAAGGACGCGUGUUUCUCAUACUCGCUUCUUUACCUCUCUUUUUUGUUUUUCAACUUUCUCUUUUACUCUCUCUCUAACAACAACCUUUCUCCCCUUCUUUUGAUUCAAACGGAAAGCAGUACAAGAUGGUGAACUUUACUAUUGAAGAAAUCCGCUCUCUGAUGAAUCGCACCACCAAUGUGCGCAACAUGUCGGUGAUUGCUCACGUCGACCAUGGCAAGUCGACUUUGACCGACUCGUUGGUGUCCAAGGCUGGUAUCAUCUCGGCUGGCCGUGCCGGUGACAUGCGCUUCACUGAUACUCGUCAGGAUGAGCAAGACCGUGGUAUUACCAUCAAGUCCACUGCCAUUUCCAUGUACUUCCAACUCGCACAACCUGAUGAUAUCAAGGAAAUCAAAUUCCAAAAGACGCAAGGCCAUGAGUUCUUGAUCAACUUGAUUGACUCACCUGGCCACGUUGACUUCUCCUCCGAGGUUACUGCCGCGUUGCGCGUCACAGACGGCGCCCUUGUAGUUGUAGAUUGUAUCGAGGGCGUCUGUGUCCAAACCGAGACCGUGUUGCGCCAGGCGCUGACGGAGCGCAUCAAGCCUGUGCUGGUCAUCAACAAGAUCGACCGUGCUUUGCUCGAGCUGCAACUCGACAAGGAAGAGCUGUACAGCACAUUCGCACGUACCAUCGAGUCGGUCAAUGUGAUCAUCUCCACAUACCUCGACGAUGCCUUGGGCGAUGUCCAAGUCUACCCAGACAAGGGUACCGUUGCCUUUGCCUCCGGUUUGCACGGCUGGGGCUUCACCCUGCGCCAGUUUGCCAUCCGCUACUCCAAGAAGUUCGGCGUCGACAGGGAAAAGAUGAUGCAGCGCCUGUGGGGUGAGAACUACUUUAACCCCAAGACCAAAAAGUGGAGCACCAAGAGCACCGAUGGCGACGGCAAGACACUGGAACGCGCGUUCAACAUGUUUGUCCUCGACCCCAUCUUCAAGAUCUUUGACUCGAUCAUGAACUUCAAGAAGGACCAAACCAAGACCCUGUUGCAAAAGCUCGACAUCCAACUCAAGAACGAUGAGGAAGAGCUGGAGGGCAAGCAGUUGAUGAAGGUCGUCAUGCGAAAAUUCUUGCCUUGCGGUGACGCACUUUUGGAAAUGAUUUGUAUCCACUUGCCAUCGCCCGUCACUGCCCAAAAGUACCGUGUGCCCAACUUGUACGAAGGCCCCAGCGAUGACGAGUGCGCGACGGGUAUCCGCAACUGCGAUUCCCAAGCGCCUUUGAUGCUUUAUGUUUCCAAGAUGGUCCCCACAUCCGACAAGGGUCGUUUCUAUGCCUUUGGCCGUGUCUUUUCAGGUACUGUCCGUGCCGGUCUGAAGGUCCGUAUCAUGGGUCCCAACUACCAACCCGGGUCCAAGAACGACUUGUCGAUCAAGUCCAUCCAGCGUACCGUGUUGAUGAUGGGCCGAUACAUUGAAGCCAUCGACGACUGCCCGGCAGGCAACAUUGUCGGUUUGGUCGGUGUUGAUCAGUUCUUGGUCAAGAGCGGCACCAUCUCCACUUCCGAGGUUGCCCACAACAUGAAGGUCAUGAAGUUCUCUGUCUCCCCUGUCGUGCAAGUUGCCGUCGAGGUCAAGAAUGCCAAUGACUUGCCCAAGCUCGUCGAAGGCCUGAAGCGAUUGGCCAAGUCUGAUCCUUGCGUGCUGACAUUUACGUCUGACUCUGGUGAACACAUUGUCGCUGGCGCUGGUGAACUCCACUUGGAAAUCAUUCUCAAGGACUUGGAAGAAGACCACGCCCAGGUGCCCAUCAAGACCGGUGAUCCUGUCGUCCCAUAUCGUGAGACGGUCACGGCCCUUUCGUCUAUCGACUGUAUGUCUAAAUCGCCCAACAAGCACAACCGUAUCCACAUGCGCGCACAGCCUAUCGAGGACGAGCUGUCCAAGGCCAUCGAGGAGGGUAAAAUCGGCCCACGAGACGACUUCAAAUCGCGUGCCCGUGACAUGGCAGAGAACUACGGUUGGGAGCUCGCAGACGCACGUAAGAUUUGGUGCUUUGGCCCAGACGGUAUGGGUCCCAACUUGCUCGUAGACACGACCAAGGCCGUGCAAUACUUGAAUGAAAUCAAAGAUUCCAUGGUCGCCGCCUUCCAGUGGGCCACCAAAGAAGGUCCUCUUGCAGAAGAGAACCUGCGUGGCUGCCGAUUCAAUGUCCUCGACGUGACGCUGCAUGCUGACGCUAUCCAUCGUGGUGGUGGCCAGAUCAUCCCAACGGCCCGUCGUGUUGUGUACGCCUCGAUCUUGACGGCAAGCCCAUCCAUUCAAGAGCCUGUCUACCUCGUCGAAAUCCAGUGUCCAGACACAGCCAUUGGCGGUAUUUACAAUGUGCUCAACAAGCGUCGUGGUGUUGUCUUCCACGAAGAACAGCGGCCAGGUACUCCCAUGAUAACUAUCAAGGCCUACCUUCCAGUCAAUGAAUCAUUUGGUUUCACCGCAGACCUGAGAGCUUCGACUGGUGGCACUGCCUUCCCACAAGCCGUGAUGGACCAUUGGCAGCACAUGACCGGUGACCCGCUGGAACCUGGAAACAAAGUGUAUGACAUUAUUCGUAACGUGCGUAAGAGAAAGGGUCUUGCAGAAGACAUCCCAGGUCUCGAAAAGUACUAUGAUAAGAUCUAAACUGGGGGGAUUGUGUUGAAAAAAAAAUUCGGCUAUUAAAAAGCAUAUUUUAUGUGAAA